ACCGGUUGUAUCACCAGUUGCUGCUUCUUAGCUCGUGCAGUAAGCUUUGUGGUGAGUGGGAUGGACAGAUGUUAGGGCGAAGUUCGUAGCACCACGAAAAAUAUUUCCGAGUAAAAGUUUUACGUGAUCAGCAAGUGAUAGCCAUAAGAUCAUACACGAUUGUAUUAAUUUCAUUGUCUCCCAUAACAGGAUAUGAAUUCGAAUAUCUGUCAAGUGAACUGAAUAUUAAUAACUGCAUAUACAUCGCAUUAUUUUACAAAGUUUUAGAAACCAACUCCUUGUUUGCAUAUUUUACUUAAAUUACAAAAUAUUUAUAAUUUAUAAACCCAUAUUUAUUUUUUAAAAAAAAACAUCAAAAACCAUAUACUUUCCACAAAUUUUAAGUACAACAUAAUAUUUUUUGCUAAUCUUAACAAACGAAACACGUGACGUUACUUUAAAACCUGGUACGAAUUGAAUUACUACCAAAGGCUGAAACAAUUACUUUAAAGAGCCCUCGAUCUCAUAUCACUUUGAAAAAAAAAAUCUGAAAAACCUUAAUUUAACUAAACUAAUAUUUGCAAUCGAUAAUACAUUUAAUAUAUCGCUGAAACCUAAUGGCUCACUCCCAGCUGAGAUUAUUUUGGGUAAUUGCCAUGUGUUUCUUCUUCGUUGGUUGUGCAAACGGAGCAAGAAGUCAGAAAACAAACCACAUAAUAUCAAAACAACAUCGAGAAAAGAAGGCUCACCUCGUUAAGAAAUACUUAAAGCGUCUGAAGAAGCCAGAGGGUCUAGUGAAGCUUGUGGACGGUAGAGGAGACUAUGAAGGAAAUGUGGAGAUAUAUCACAUGGGAAAAUGGGGGAGUGUAUGUGAUGACGAAUGGGACAUGCGAGAGGCUACCGUCAUCUGUCGUCAACUCGGCUACGAACGUCCGUACAGAGUUACACACAGCUCAAUGUUCGGUCCAGCCAGAAGUCGUUACUGGAUGGAUAAUUUAUACUGCACCGGAGAUGAGAAAAACUUAUCCACCUGUCGCUUUGAUGGUUGGGGUGCCAAUGACUGCACCAGCAGCGAAGCAGCUGGCGUGGUCUGCUCGUCGCCGGAAAUAACAACCACGGAAGAACCAAGAACCACGCCGAAACCACCCAAGAAAGAGCCUCUUCUCCGAAUUAAGGAUGCAACGAGGCACAAAAUGUCAGUCAGAAUCGCCGGUGGCCGAGUACCUGAGGAAGGACGAGUCGAGGUCAAAUUCGGAGAUUCAGCCUGGGGUUUGGUGUGCGGGGACGGAUGGAGCAUCUUCGAGGCGAUGGUGGUCUGCCGCCAGCUGGGGUUUGGCUACGCCAAUGACGCUAUACAGACAGAUUUCUUCGGAGGCAAUGCCUCAUCCAUGGUACUGAGCGGUGUUCAAUGCCACGGUAACGAAGAAUUCUUGUCGCACUGCCUCCACGAUAAGAUUGGACAGAUCUCUUGCCCGGGGAAACGGGAGAAUAUAGCAGGCGUAGUCUGUUCUUCAGUAAUGGCGGACCUGGUAAUUGAUCACCUCGAGAUAAUGCGAACGGCACAUCUGGAGGACCGACAGCUCUACUUCCUUCAGUGCGCCAUGGAGGAGAACUGUCUUGCUUCUGGGGCUUACAGAUUGCAGAGCGACAACUCGGUCAACUGGCAUCUGGAGACAAGGCGUCUCUUAAGAUUCACAGCUCGCAUCCUGAACGCAGGGACUGCCGACUUCAGGCCCAUGAUUCCGAAACACUUAUGGGAGUUCCACCAGUGCCACAUGCACUACCACAGUAUGGAGGUGUUUGCAACGUUUGAUGUAAUGGACUCGAAGGGCGUUAGAGUUGCAGAAGGACACAAGGCGUCAUUCUGUUUGGAAGAUAAUCAGUGCAUGCCAGGAGUAACGCCAUUUUACGCCUGCGCGAACUUUGGCGAUCAGGGCAUCUCUGUUAACUGCUCUGACAUUUACCGGCACAACAUAGACUGUCAGUGGGUGGAUAUUUCUGAACUGAGCCCUGGCAUGUACACCUUCAAGGUAUCCAUCAACCCAGAAUUCAAAGUGGCUGAAAUGACGUAUGAUAACAACGCGGCUGUAUGUUCUCUGUACUACACGGAAUCCUUCGCCCACAUAUUCAACUGCUCCGUUCAGAGACCAUGAAGAAGAUGUUGAGUCUCCACGCAGUGAUUCCUAACUAAUGUCAACUAGUCCGUCAACACGAAAUGAAGAUAGUUUUUUUUUCCACAAAUAUAACGAUACAUUUAUCUCACGCACAAGAAGAGUUUCGCUGUCGCCUUCAGAUAUCGAGUCGCAACGUUAGAUUCAAGUACGUGGUACAAUACGUGAAAUCGUGGUACUGCAAAUGGGAUCUCAUAUAAUACGGUUUCCCGCUGUAUUGCCUAAUUUUCUCAUCCCAGUCUACAGGUAAAAUGUUGUAUUUGUGGUAUUACUGUCUAAAAUUAACAAUAUUAAUUGACAUGUUCAGCUUUUUAAUAUAAAAUAUGAAUAUAUUUCACAU